UCUCCUCCUCGCCGUCGCCACUCUCUUUGCGCGCGCCACGCCGAAAGGUGAGCUGCCGGGCGUCGUCUAUAGACGUAGAGCGGGGCAGAGGGCCGUGAGCUUUGGGAGAGGAGGAGAUAAUUAAUGGCGGCUAAGGAGAGUAGUAGGACGAUGAAGGCGGCGCGCUCUGCGGGAAGGAUCGGGGUCGUGGCCUCUGUGGCGAUGAACCUCGCGUGGCUUGCGAUGUACAUCCGCCAGCGCUACGGGGAGAUCACCACGGUGGAGGCGUCCCGAGGCAAGCCGCCGGUCACUCAGGACUCCGUCGUCAUCCUCGAUCACGGCGACCCGGUCAUGUACGAGGAGUUCUGGCGCCGCGAGGGAGACAGCGCCUCGAUCCUGAUCCCCGCGUGGCAGACGAUGAGCUACUUCUCCAACCUCGGCGGCAUCUGCUGCUUCCUGGAGCCUGGCCUCGAGCGCGAGGUGCGGCGCCUCCACCGGCUCGUCGGAAACGCCGUGGUCGAUGGAUACCAUGUGAUCGUCGGGACUGGGUCCACGCAGCUGUUCCAGGCCGUGCUAUACGCGAUCUCGCCUGCAAGUGACGGCACGCCCAUCGACGUCGUCUCGCCGGCGCCUUACUACUCGUGUUACCCAGUUGCGGCGAGCUUUCUAAACUCUGGGCUCUACCGUUGGGGUGGUGACGCCAAUACAUUUGCCGGCGACGACACCAGCUGUGUUGAGGUCGUCUGCUCGCCAAACAACCCUGACGGUGGCAUCCGACAUGCCGUCGUCAAGUCCAAAUCCAGCAAGGCGAUCUAUGACUUCGCCUACUACUGGCCGCAGUACACGCCCAUCACCGAGGCGGCUGCCCAUGAUGUCAUGCUGUUCACCUUCUCCAAAUGCUCCGGCCAUGCCGGCACUAGGCUGGGGUGGGCACUGGUGAAGGACACUGAGGUGGCCAAGAAGAUGACCAAGUUCAUGGAGCUCACCACGAUUGGCGUGUCCAAGGACUCUCAGCUUCGUGCCGCUAAGAUUCUUGGGGCGAUCUGUAACGGCUAUGAGCAGCUGCCAUCCGCGGGCCAAACAAGAAGCCACCUCUUCCAUUUUGCUCGGGAUAAAAUGGCGGCACGGUGGACUAGGCUCCGCGCAGCUGUGGCGGCCUCGGACAUCUUUACCCUCCCAGAUGAGCUAUCUGAGUACUGUGGUUUCUUUAAGAAGACUAUCACCGCCAAUCCUGCGUUCGCAUGGCUUCGCUGCAAGAAGGAUGGUAUUGAAGAUCUGGAGAGCUUUCUACGCGAGAACAAGAUAGUCACUCGAGGUGGCACAAAGUUUGGAGUGGACGGGAGGGUUGUCAGGGUCAGUAUGGUUGACACAGACCAAGCCUUCAACGUGUUCCUGGAUCGUCUAUCCACGAUGAAGUGAGAUACUACUAGUGCAAAUAAACACUUUGUCGCUGCAUGGAUGGAUGACAAUGUUCUAAGUUUGGUGCAAGGAUGAUCCUUCGGAAAACUUAAUAAUGUUCAAUUUGUUCUAUAAUUAGAUCAUGUUUUCUAGUAUAGUAGAAUAUUCACUGUCAAAUGCUAUAUAUAAUUGAGGUUGUGAUCU